GUAUCAGACACCUCUCGCGGUGAUUCCUCCCGGAAGGCCUUUCAGUGUACACUGACAGCUACCGGCUACUGUCCAGGACUCGGAGUAGCGGCCUAGCCGGAGCCAUGUGCGGGGGGUGCGUGCAGGAGGAGUACCCGGAUAGGGGUAGCACAUGUUUGGAGACUGGUUCCUUCUUGAUGAAUUAUGUGAGCUGUGCUCAGUGCAAUAAACGGGACUUUGUGCUAAUCGCUAAUAAAUCCACAGAUGACGAGGAUGGCGAGGAGAUAAUUACAUUCGAUCAUAUGUGUACAAAUUGUCAUCAUGUAAUUGCAAAGCAUGAAUAUACUUUCAGUGUGGUGGAUGAUUACCAGGAGUACACCAUGCUGUGUAUGCUAUGCGGCAGAGCUGAAGAUUCUGUUAGCGUCUUGCCAGAUGACCCACGCCAAAUAGCGCCACUCUUCUAGAAAGAUACAUCUUAUCACCAGACCGCUCUCAUGACUGCAGUGCUUUUGCCAUACUAGUAUUACUAAGAAACAUGACAAAUUGAGCAAAUGGAGGGGGGUGGGGGUGGAGGGGGAUAAAGAAAAGUAAAUAUAUUCAUGAGUAAAAAAAGAAACUCAAACUGUAAAAUGGUUACAUGUUGUUAAAGUAAUAACCGUAUAAUUCUAUACAUGCCGUUGGUAAUACUGUAUUCAAAUUUUUAUUAAAAAUAUAUAUUUAUAUGCAAACCAAUUUUUUUUAACUUUCUCUUACAAUGAUUAAUCUGUUUCAGCCACACUUUCAGUAAAACAAUGUCCUCGAAUAUAAACACUCUCAAUGAAAUACUUUUAAAGUGUACCUGUCAUGGUACAAACAGCUUUCAUUUAAAUAAGAGGGUAACGUUUUAUU